AUGUCAUGUACAGUUCCUCACACUAGCUCAGUGCCACCUGACAGCAAAGAGUCAUUCCAGGGUAAAAAUGAACAAGCUUUGGGAAAGGUUGGGUAUGGUGGAAGGUUGCCAGUGAGGGCAGUGAAAAGGAAAGCGAGUAUUUCCAUGGUGAUUUGUGAGGACCUGGACUUUGCCAACACCCUGGUGCAGAAAGCGGGGAAGGGAAAAAUAACCCAUAUUGGGCCCAAACUACCACCUUUCAAUGAGGAGAAAGUGACCCUGGAGGUCUACUGGGAUGCUACUAUCCCAGCCAUUGCUAAUGGGAUUUCGGAGGAACUCCACCAACACCUCCUUUCAUCUUUGAAAGUCUACCCUCACGAGCUGAUCCGGCUCAAAGGGAUCACUGUUCUGCAGCCGGGGAUGUUGUUCCCGAUUUUUAUGAGGGUUGGUUUUGCCUCCGUUUCUUCCAAGAAGGGCUCGAUGGGUUCUAUCAAACCCUGGGAUGCUAACUCCCAGCCUCUCAAAUUUUGCUGCAAAGAGGUUAUUCCACACUGGUUUACAUUGAUGGGUAGCGAUCAUUGCCAGCUACCCUCCCAAUCGUACACCCUCACUGAUGUCCUUCAGUCCAUCCUGCGUGAGGGAUGUGCUGAAGCCUACAAGGACCUGGAUUUUGGGGAGCAUCCCAACAUUCACCAGAUCGCAAGGGUUGCUUGCAGCGACCUCAAACUCUUUGGUGCACCCAAUGGACAGGAUUGGGACUUGAAAAAAGAGUUGCAAGUGUUCCACCUGAAGAAAAGGUGUAUUUUGUUGGCAGUGGAUGAAUUGGAGAAGCUGGCGAAUCUGGGGGAAAAUUUGGAGAAUGCAGCAAGUGCCUUUCUAGGAGGGACUUAUGAUGCAUUCGUUCAACCGUUGGAACCUGGGGAAUCUGGGGUCUACAUCAAACACCAGUGUCCUUCACCUGGUUGUGGCAGGCUAUUUUGA